AUGCCUGGAAGGUAUCGACAACGCCCGACCGAUGGCGACAACAGCGUCAAGACUCCCUUACAACCAAAAUCCGUGAACUCUCAGCACUCCAUCGAUCGACUUGUAAGGCCAUUCAAAUGUCCGGGAACUGCAACACCGACUCGGGCGUCCGAAAAACCAUCGAGAAAGAGACGAAAGGUCAACUAUGCCAAUGCCGAUGGAAGCGUGGAAGAUGGAGAGGAGAAGCCAUAUACAAAUGAUGACCGGCUUGCUUUGGAAACAAGAGAGUGCAACAGAUUUCCCGCAUACAAACCGAAGGACAAAGAAGUAGCUUUCAGGUCACGAUUUCAGGUUCCGUUCAUCAACAAAGCCACCGGCGAGUACAGUUCCAGUCGGGUGGCUCCGACAUUGGGGAUGCGACGAGGAGCGACAUUUGUGGUCAAGCCACUACACGACCCCAGUGGAGAAUUUGCGAUUGUUUUAUAUGACCCUACAGUUGACGACGUUGCUGAGGAGCCUGCGCCCAAAAACCCAGAGGCACCGACGGAGGAUACGCCAAAAUUGGAUGAGCCAAUCAUGCAUAAGAGUUUAGCAGACAUUCUGGGGCUCAAAAAAAACGUGGAAGAGCGGCCAAAGGUGCCUGUCGUGAUUGAUCCGAGACUGUGCAAAGUGCUUCGGCCACAUCAAGUCGAGGGUGUGAAGUUUCUUUACCGAUGUGUUACUGGGCUGGUUGACAAGAAUGCAAAUGGAUGCAUCAUGGCAGAUGGCAUGGGACUUGGUAAAACACUUCAAUGCAUCACAUUGAUGUGGACACUACUCAAGCAAUCCUCAGAGGCCGGAAAAACUACCAUUCAGAAAUGUGUGAUUGCAUGCCCAUCAAGUUUGGUUGGAAAUUGGGCCAAUGAACUGGGUGAGUUUUGCGUGAUACCCUACUUCUUGUCAGCUCAACUGACCGUAUCAGUAAAAUGGCUUGGAAAGGAUGCCACCACACCUUUUGCCAUCGAUGGAAAGGCGACGAAAGCAGAGUUAAUUACCCAGAUUAAGCAGUGGGCCAUUGCAUCAGGGCGUGGAAUCGUCAGGCCCGUCCUGAUUGUGUCCUACGAGACACUGCGUAUGUAUGCGGAUACUUUGAGUGAUACCCCAAUUGGGCUUCUUCUAUGUGACGAAGGUCAUCGACUAAAAAACAAGGAAAGCUUGACAUGGACUGCUCUGAAUCAACUCAAUGUUACUCGCCGAGUGAUUCUUUCUGGAACACCUAUCCAGAAUGAUCUGUCUGAGUACUUCGCACUUCUUCACUUUGCGAACCCGAAUCUUCUCGGCUCCCAGGCCGAGUUCCGGAAGAGAUUCGAACUUCCGAUUCUGCGGGGUCGGGAUGCCGCAGGCACAGAUGAAGAAAAGAAGCUGGGAGACGAACGAUUACAGGAGCUCUCUGGGGUUGUUAAUAAGUUCAUCAUCCGCCGAACGAAUGAGCUCCUCUCGAAAUACUUGCCCGUCAAAUAUGAACAUGUUGUGUUCUGCAACAUGUCAACGUUCCAGCGCGGUCUGUACAAUCAUUUUAUCAAGAGCCCGGAAAUCCAGAGCCUUCUUCGCGGAAAAGGCAGCCAGCCGCUAAAAGCAAUUGGCCUUUUGAAAAAGCUUUGCAAUCAUCCAGAUCUACUUGAUCUGGCAAAUGAACUUCCAGGAUGCGAGCACACAUUCCCUGAGGACUAUUCACCCCCCGAUUCUCGAGGUCGGGAUAGAGAAAUCAAGAGUUGGUACUCCGGCAAGAUGAUGGUGCUCGACCGUAUGCUAGCCCGAAUCCGACAAGACACCAACGACAAGAUCGUCCUCAUCAGCAAUUACACUCAAACCCUCGAUCUUUUCGAAAAGCUCUGCCGGUCGCGGGGCUACGGCUCCCUGCGUCUCGACGGCACCAUGAACAUCAAGAAGCGCACAAAGCUAGUAGACAAGUUCAAUGAUCCAGACGGUCAAGAAUUCAUUUUCCUUCUGAGUAGCAAAGCCGGUGGAUGUGGACUGAAUUUGAUCGGCGCCAACCGCCUAGUCCUAUUCGAUCCAGACUGGAACCCAGCCGCUGACCAGCAAGCGCUGGCACGAGUGUGGCGAGACGGACAAAAGAAAGAUUGUUUCGUCUACCGGUUCAUUGCAACAGGCUCGAUCGAAGAGAAAAUCUUCCAGCGCCAGUCUCACAAACAGUCCCUCUCGUCGUGUGUCGUGGACUCCGCAGAAGACGUCGAGCGUCAUUUCUCCCUCGACUCCCUGCGCGAACUCUUCCAGUUCAAGCCAGAUACUCGGAGCGACACCCAUGACACUUUUAAGUGUAAACGGUGUCGACCUGAUGGCUUGCAAUAUGUCAAGGCUCCCGCUAUGCUGUAUGGUGAUACCAGUUCGUGGAACCAUUUUGUCAAUACCGGCGAGAAGGGGCCGCUCGGUCAAAUCCAGGAUCUGCUUCUUCGGCAAGAAACAGGGGAACAGGAUGUUUCGGCUAUUUUCCAGUACAUCAGUCACUGA